UCGCUGGCGCCUAGGUUGGCGUGAGCUGAUAGGCAUUCCAGUUCACCAAGAUGUUGCGCAUAGUGAGCUGGAACAUCAAUGGGCUCCGGAGCCCUCUGCAAGGGGUGGUAUACCAGGAACCCAGCAACUCUGCCGCCAUGGCCAUGGGGCGCAUUUUGGACGAGCUGGAUGCCGAUAUAAUCUGUCUCCAGGAGACCAAAGUGACCAGGGAUGUGCUGACAGAACCCCUGGCUAUUGUUGAGGGCUAUAACUCCUAUUUCAGCUUCAGUCGCAACCGGAGUGGCUAUUCAGGUGUAGCCACCUUCUGUAAGGACAACACUACCCCAGUGGCUGCUGAAGAAGGCCUUAGUGGCCUGCUUGCCACUCAGAAUGGAGACGUGGGUUGCUAUGGAAACAUGGAUGAGUUCACCCAAGACGAACUCUGGGCUCUGGAUAGUGAGGGCCGGGCCCUCCUUACACAGCACAAGAUCUGCACAUGGGAAGGGAAGGAGAGGAUCUUGACCAUAAUCAACGUGUACUGUCCACAUGCGGACUCUGGGAAGCCUGAGCGGCUGGCCUUUAAGAUGCGCUUCUAUCGCUUGCUGCAGAUCCGAGCAGAAGCCCUCCUGGCGGCUGGCAGCCAUGUGAUCAUUUUGGGUGACCUGAAUACAGCCCACCGCCCCAUUGACCACUGGGAUGCAGUCAACUUGGAGUGCUUUGAAGACGACCCAGGCCGCAAGUGGAUGGACUGCUUGAUCAGUAACCUGGGGUACCAGGCUGGGUCCCACGUAGGGCCCUUCAUCGAUAGCUAUCGCUGCUUCCAACCAAAGCAGGAGGGGGCCUUCACCUGCUGGUCGGUGGUCACUGGUGCCCGCCAUCUCAACUAUGGCUCCCGGCUUGACUAUGUGCUGGGUGACAGGACCCUGGUCAUAGACACCUUCCAGGCCUCCUUCCUGCUGCCUGAGGUGAUGGGCUCUGACCACUGCCCUGUGGGUGCAGUCUUGAGUGUGUCCUCUGUGCCUGCAAAACAGUGCCCUCCUCUUUGCACCCGCUUCCUUCCCGAGUUUGCAGGCACCCAGCUCAAGAUCCUUCGCUUCCUAGUUCCUCUCAAACAAGAUCCUGCCUUGGAGCAGUCAGCACUGCAGCUCAGCAGUCAAACCCGGGUACAGACACGCAAAAACAAAGCCUGUGUGCGCUCAGCCAGACCUCGGCCAAGUCAAGCUGGCUCCAGCAGAGGCCAGAAAAACCUGAAGAGCUACUUCCAGCCCUUUUCCAGCCGUCUCCAAGCCUCUCCUGACUCAGAGCUGCCCAGCGUGCCACUGACCCCAAAAGGUGCACUUGUGACCCCAAAGACUUUAGAAGUAGAGGUGAUGGCCAAAGUGGUGGAGGGGCAGGCCAAAGCUUUGGAGACCAAGGAUGAAAAGGAGGUAUGGACCUCGUUCUGGAAGUCUGUGUUGGGGGGGCCCUUGCCCACGCCUCUCUGUGGGGGACACAAGGAGCCGUGUGUGAUGCGUACUGUGAAGAAGCCAGGACCCAACCUGGGCCGCCGCUUCUACAUGUGUGCCAGGCCCCAGGGUCCUCCCACCGACCCCUCCUCCCGCUGUAACUUCUUCCUCUGGAGCAGGCCCAGCUGAACCAACUGAGGCCUAGGGAUGUCUGGUAUGGUGACUCCUACAUGUGAUCUGAGGCCAGCUCCCCUCCUGAGCUGCCAGUGCUGCUUCCUCCUCCUCUUCCUCUUUCCCCUCCUCCCCUUUCUCCUCCUCUAAGGCCUCUCUCGCUCUUCUUUCUGCCUAGUUCCUCUUUGCUGGUGAGCUUCUUGUGCCUUAAUCUUGUGACCCAGUUCCCCCUACUUCCCACCUUCCUGUCAGCAGGAACCAGCUGCUCCAGGAAGUUGUGAUUGUAAACUCCUUCUGUCCUUGCUGGGAAAUAUA